GCAGUCCCCACUGGGUCCCUUCACCUCAUCCCUGCUCCAUGACCACCCACCUCUCAAGCAGAAAGUUCUUGGUCUCACACCUGCACUGACCCACCACCCCUCUCCUGCCUGGUGAUAUUGCUACAGUCCUACCCAUGAGCAGGAACCUGGAGAACCCUGGGGAAAAGUGGGCAUAUGGACAAGAGGGUUUCCCCACGCUUCUCUUCCCAACAGUCGCAUCCAAGUGAGGCUCGGAGAGCACAACAUCGAAGUCCUGGAGGGGGAUGAGCAGUUCAUCAACUCGGCCAAGGUCAUCCGCCACCCCAGAUUUAACAGCUGGACCCUGGACUAUGACAUCAUGCUUAUCAAGCUCUCCUCACCUGCAGCCCUCACUGGCCGGGUGUCCACCAUAUCGCUGCCCUCCGCCUGUGCCCCCGCCGGCACCCAGUGCCUCAUCUCUGGCUGGGGCAACACCCUGAGCUCUGGCACCAACUACCCCGAGCUGCUACAGUGCCUGGACGCCCCACUGCUGAGCCAGGACCAGUGUAAAGCCGCCUACCCCGGGCAGAUCACGGAGAACAUGGUUUGCGCUGGCUUCCUUGAGGGAGGCAAGGACUCCUGCCAGGGUGACUCUGGUGGCCCUGUGGUCUGCGGAGGAGAGCUCCAGGGCAUCGUCUCCUGGGGCUAUGGCUGUGCCCAGAAGGACAAGCCUGGCGUCUACACCAAGGUGUGCAACUUUACAAACUGGAUUAAGGAGACGAUAGCUGCCAACAGCUAAA